AUGCAAUUCUUUAGCAUCUUAGCGACUGCAGCACUGGCACUCUUGCCAUCCCUGACGGCUGCGCAGGAAGAUAACCAGGCAAUGGUUGAAAUCUACUCGAAAGACGGUGAAAAUUUCCAGUACCCGGUGGAUUUCAACUCCUGCACUCCUGUGAUUAGGACUGAACCGGAGUGUACUGGCGAUAAGAUGAAGUUUGGCGCUGGGUUCCAUGAAUUUCAACGGGAAUUCAUCGUGGAGAGUGUGAAUUGCGAGCGGCAACAGUGA